AUGGCCUUCCUCGCCAUGCCACAGACAGACAUGUAUUCUUCGUUAUUGAAUACGAGAUCACCCGUUGUUGUGUUACACUUAUUACCACCACAACUUCGAGUACUAGCUCUUCUACUACCCCAGCGGUUAUUCAACCCUAUUCUCCAGUGGACGCCUAGCCCACCAUCGUUUAAUCGACGGCCUUCAGGUCCAUUUCUGGACGGUCUUGCGGUGGAGCUAAAAGAGCAAAUCGCUCGUUUAUUAGACCCGAUCGGGUUGAUCUCGCUACGUCAAACGAACCGCCACUUCCUGAAAAUCAUCAAACCUCAGAGACAACAGUUCAUUGAGCGUCUGCUGGCUCUUGAGUGCCUUCCGGGACAUGGAGGCUCCCUUCUGCCCUUCACUGACUGCCACGGAAGACCCCUCUGGAGUGACCCCGGCGUCUUGAAGACACAGACGCGGCCGCGGUGGGCCUGUACCGGUUGCAAGAGGCUUCUCCCUUAUUACCAUUUUCAAUACAAAUUCUUGGCCGAGGUGAUUUGGCAAAAGCCCCCGACUGGGUUCCCUGCAACCAGGACCAUUACUUCUUGGGAGCCUGGGCUUGGACGCAUCGCGAGGGUGGUAACACCGCUAACGCCACUCCCAGCCGACGGCGGCAGAAGCAUACAAGAUCGCUAUAACCUCAUUGUUGGGGAUAUUCUAGCCAUAAGUCCUAACGAGCUAUUCAAUCAGAUCCGAAACCACAACCUGGAUCACUUUGAGGGAAUGCAAUAUGGCGACUUUUUACAACGAAUCACGUAUAUCCCGAGCAACAUACGUAACCUAUUUUUGUGGAAUUUGGUGUCAAUGCGGAGCAGCUUCGGCAGUAGCCGACACCAUCGAAAGUGCAAUGCAUGCCAAUACAAAAACCACGUUUUCAAUAACGCGACCAUUGCCAGCCAUAAUGGCAUGUUUGGGACUGAAAGAUUUCCCAUCAUUUCGAUUGAAAACCACAUGAUCGCAUCCCCCCUCGAUCGAUAUUUCCCUGGCGUAUUGGAUACCAUGCAACAAGGGCGUCCAUCCAAGCGUUUUUAUCAAGGCUUCCCAGAGCCUUGGACUUUGUGGAUGGCUCGGUGUCCUCGAUGUACGAAAUGGCAGGAGUUGAGAGCGUUUCGAUUCGGUGCGGGUGCCGGGUAUUGGUUUCAGGCAUGGGAACCUCUCAUGGGGCAGCUAACUUGGGACGGACUAAUACUUACGCAAGAGAUCUUUGACAAGGCUUGCUGCAACGCAUGCUUCAUGGAACAGAAUGGGCGGCCAGCACUGGCCGAGUACCUUUGUCGGUGGUUCGUGUUCUUGUUGGAACAGCAGCCCCAAGAGGUUCAAUCUGAGCUUCGUUCUGAAGCGGGUAGAUUCACGACAAAGUACGGCGAAAAAGCUCAUCCGACAGCGGUCCACGAUUUGAAGCAGAAAAUCUUCCAGAUUGAUUGUCUUCGAUCCCAGGGCGAGUCUCCAUGGCAUUUGUCUCCCCGUCUUCAACUCCUCCUCAAAGACUUGUUCAGACUGUUUGGGCUAGCCGGCGAUAAAUUCCUCUCUGACAAGCAAAGCUUAUAG